GCGUGGCUCAAGCUCCGGGCCGGAAGCAGGAGGCUGCAGGGGCGGGCCGGCUGGCGUCCCCUUUCCGGCUGGUCCCCAUGGAGGCGCUAGGGAAGCUCAAGCAGUUCGAUGCCUACCCCAAGACUCUGGAGGACUUCCGGGUCAAGACCUGCGGGGGCGCCACGGUGACCAUUGUCAGUGGCCUUCUCAUGCUGCUACUGUUUCUGUCCGAGCUUCAGUAUUACCUCACCACUGAGGUGCAUCCUGAACUCUACGUGGACAAGUCACGGGGAGACAAACUGAAGAUCAACAUCGACGUAUUUUUUCCGCACAUGCCUUGUGCCUAUCUGAGCAUUGAUGCCAUGGAUGUGGCUGGGGAGCAGCAGCUGGAUGUGGAACACAACCUGUUCAAGCAACGGCUGGAUAAGGAUGGCAUCCCCGUGAGCUCAGAGGCAGAGCGUCAUGAGCUUGGGAAAGUCGAGGUAAAGGUGUUUGACCCUGACUCCCUGGACCCUGAUCGCUGUGAGAGCUGCUAUGGUGCCGAGACUGAAGACAUCAAGUGCUGUAACACCUGUGAGGAUGUGCGGGAGGCUUAUCGCCGUCGGGGCUGGGCCUUCAAGAACCCAGACACUAUCGAGCAGUGCCGGCGAGAAGGCUUCAGCCAGAAGAUGCAGGAGCAGAAGAAUGAAGGCUGCCAGGUGUAUGGCUUCUUAGAGGUCAACAAGGUGGCUGGAAACUUCCACUUUGCUCCUGGGAAAAGCUUCCAGCAGUCCCAUGUGCACGUACAUGCUGUGGAGAUCCAUGACUUGCAGAGCUUUGGCCUGGACAAUAUCAACAUGACCCACUACAUCCGGCACCUGUCAUUCGGGGAAGACUACCCAGGCAUUGUGAACCCUCUAGACCGCACCAACGUCACUGCACCCCAAGCCUCCAUGAUGUUCCAGUACUUUGUGAAGGUGGUACCUACAGUGUACAUGAAGGUAGACGGGGAGGUGCUGAGGACAAAUCAGUUCUCUGUGACCAGACACGAGAAGGUUGCCAAUGGGCUGAUGGGUGACCAGGGACUUCCCGGAGUCUUUGUGCUCUAUGAGCUCUCGCCCAUGAUGGUGAAGCUGACGGAGAAGCACAGGUCCUUCACCCACUUCCUGACUGGUGUGUGUGCUAUCAUUGGGGGCAUGUUCACAGUGGCUGGACUCAUCGAUUCACUCAUCUACCACUCGGCUCGAGCCAUCCAGAAGAAAAUUGAUCUCGGGAAAACAACAUAGCUGUCUCCUUCCCCUCCGUUGUUCCCUUUCUCUUUGGCCUUGUGGUCAUUUCCCAGCCUUCUCCCCACCCGUCCGACCCCCUCAGAGCGUCGGUCUCAGCACAGGUUGAUAAAUCUAUUGAUUGUGAUAGUACUUGCUGGUCUUCAUGUGCUUCUUGUGUGGCCAGGGCCUGGAAACAAACCCUUUGCACAGCCAUGAACUGAAGGCAAUCAGAACUGACAGAUCGGACCAGAUGCCCUCUGGGAGCCCCAUGUGGACAUCCCCUGGCUAAUUGGGCUUUAUUCAAACAAAACUGAAAUCCACCCCAGUGCCCCAUCCUCAGUACCUCUUCUGCUGUGGUCUUUGGGCCUUUUGGGUUCAGCUCCAGGGUUGAGAUGGACCUUUCCAGUAUGAGCUUCCUGGGGCCACCAUGGCCCACAGGCUCAUGAGUGUCUGACCCCCGUGGUGCUAGGGCCGUGGGUGCAGGCUGGGGCUUGCCACCUCUUCAGUGAUGGCUAAAGCUAGGGCUUCUCCCUGCCACCCUGGGUUCAAUCACCUGAUCCCUCAUCCUCACUGACCAUGGUCUAUGCCAAGCCCCUGCUGACUCCUAGCACUAAGAGGAGUCUAGGCACGUCCUGUACAGUCUUCUAGGAGGAGGCAGAACUGAAAAAUGGAGGGAAGGUAGCAGUGGCCAUUCUGGAGCAAGGCUGGCUUCAGACCCCCAGCUCUGGACCUCAUCAGGGCUUCCCAGUAUAGCCCUUAAUAAGUGUGGAGGACCAGGCCCAACACCACACCAUGCUGCAGGCCAGGGAAGCAGGGACAUUGACAGCUGGUCAGUUCAUCCGAUUGUUUCUCAGGGAGUGUCCGGGUAAGACAGUAGUAGGGGUUCAAGUAGAAAGGACAGGAAGCCAACUAGGGUGAUGAUAGCAAAAUCUCUAGAGGCAGACCUGAGACCCAGCUCUAAUGUGAUCACCCACGAGCUGUGUGACCUUGGACAUGUCUCAUUUAUAAGUUGCAGAUGAUACUGCUGGCUGUAGUGAGCCUUUUUUUUUUUUAAGGUCAGCCAGAAACCAUUCCUGCUUGUUAAUAGUAUCCUGAAUUUCCUCUAGGAACCUCCCUACUUUCUCAGCAUAUGUGUUUGGGAGAAGGUUUGACCUCCCAGGACUAGGAAAGCUUUCUUCUAGGUGUGAACAUGGGGAGAUACAAGGCUGGUGCUGCCAUCCUGCAGCUCCCAGGGGGAACCCUAUGUGCAAAUGAGCUGGCCCCAGAGGACAGCAGAGCUGAGUCCAGAGGCAGAGAACCGGUCCCAGUGACAUCAUUUGAGCCCUGUGACAAGCUGCCAGCUAAACACUGGGAAUUGCAGCUAUGCAAGACACACACACACCCCACCCCCGCCCCCCGCCAAGCCCUUUUUGUUUAAUCCAAUAGGGUUGGGAUUUCUGUUACUUGCAACCAAAAAUGUUCUGGCUGAUAUGCCUGCUCUCAGGGUUGAAGAAUAAACAAGCUAAUGAAGUAUGUAAAGUGCUUAGCUGUCACUAAGUGACCCUGCCAUUAUCAGGAGCAGGAGCAACAGGUGGACUACUUGGCAUGACAGCUUGGUGGCCAAGGUCCUCGGCCUGAGCCCUGAGCUUCCUGCCAGGUCCCAUUCUUCCUAGUGGCAGCCACCCAUCCCCAGCACCUGUUACCCAAGGGCAGCUCUGUUUUCUGCCCCUUGUAUUAUCAUGCACAGCCUAUGUUCAGGUGUCAGAGUGGAGACACAGUCAAGUUCAUUCAAAGAAAGCAGUGAACUCAGUCGUGUUGGUGAGAAGGACCCCCAGAGGUUAUAUGGUUGGUAGGGGAAGAGUGUGCGGGGUCAAUUAGGGUCAGGGGGCUGGUGGAGGGGGCGGAAGAUGACCUGGCUGAUCUGGCCGGGCAUGGUGUAGAAGACCAGGAGAAGGAAGAUGGUGACCAAUGCCAGCAGCAGCAGCAGCACCAGGAUGCGCCAGUACCGGCGCCAGAUGAAGAAGACAAAGGUCUUCAGCGGGUUCACAAACCAGUUGAAGGAGGUUUUAGGGCGGCUGUGGGGACAGAGGUGGUGUCAGAAUGACGAGGAAGCUCCUGGGCCGCCCCCACCUACCUCGGGCUCUGGCCCAGCCUCCUGUGUCGCCCCUCACUUGGGCUUCUCCAAGGGCUCAGGCUCCUUCCGCCCCUUCCCCACUGGCCGCUUCUCUGCCUCCUCCACGGUCAGCAGCUCAAACUCUGCCUCCACCUUCCCCUAGAGAAAGGAGGGAACAGAGGCUGAGCUCUUAGGUGGGCUCAGACCCCACCUCAUACCCCCACCCACCCGGGGCCCUGCCCCGGCCACACCCACCGUGAGGAUGUGGACGCUGCCUCCAGGGUCUGUGAACGCUAGGUCUUCCGGCCGGCCCUUCCUCCUCUUCUUCUGCCUCUUGCCAGCUCGCACCUCCCUCUGCUCCCGAUCCUCAUCCUCUGGCUCCCGCAGCUUCACUACGGGCCACCAGCCCCGCAGGCGGUGGCAGCGAAACAGGUUGCACCUCGGCCCUGCCCCAUCACGGGCCAGGCGCACAGAGCAGAGCUCGGGGCCCCGGGCCCCCCGCACCAUGUCUGGCAGCUGCAGUUCCAAGGAUCCUGCGAGUGCAGAGCUCUCUGGGUUAGGUAGGAGAUCAAGGUCUAUCUGGGCCUGGGGUGGUGGGGAGCCACAGCAGGACUGUGCCUCAGGGCAUCAGGAACUAAGACGUGGUGCGCCACAACUGGGGGCCACACAAGCGCAGCCACAUGUCAGCAGGUUGUCAGACCCUGGUGAAACGACCAAGGAUGGGACCAGACUGCCAAAGUGGGGCCAUGGUUUCAAAAUCCAAAGUGACCUGAGUUCAGGUCAUGUCAGAAGAUUGAGUCAGGGACUUUGGGUGGGAACGGAGGUCAGUAAUGAGGCCAGAAAGGUUAGUGACCUAGGGUCUGAAACCCGGGACUCAGGGUUGGGUUACAAUAGGGAACCAAGGGCCAGGGGGCACUGGCAAUAAGGACAGAAAGUAGGGCCAGGGUUUGAGGUAGGAGGGAGGCAAAGCCCUACCAAGGAAGUCGUUGGCAGAGAUGCGGUCAUAGUCCCAGACCUGCAGGACCAGCACGGCUGGCUGCCGGAACUCAGCCUCCUCCAGGGCGAAGGGUCCAGGCCGGCGCCGGACGCUCACCUCCCGUUCCGUGGGCAGGUAGUCGAAGCGGAACACGAAGCGCCAGUUAAAAUUCCCCUCCCCAGUCAGAGAGUUGAAGUGAACGUCUGUCUCCUGCUUGUCAUGCUCCAGUCCCUUCACCCAGCUGGAGCCAGGAGAGAGGUACAGGCGGAAGAGUAGGCUUCAGCACUGGGGCCAAACCCAGAACCCAGCUCGCCAACCCCCUCCCCCAACCCCUGACCACCGGAGGGUGGGGGGCCCUCCACCAACUUCAGGUGCCAGAGAAGGCCCAGAAGACAGGGCUGUGGCUCAGCCUGAAGCCCAUGCCCCUGACUGCAGUCUCACCUUGGUUCUCAGCCAUUUGCCCGGCCUAGCCUACAGGCUUACCUUUUCACAUAGAUGUCACUUGACAUCUCUCCAGUGAGUGGGUUCACAUCAUCCAGAACCACAUCCUCUGUGUUCCAGAUGAUGACUCUGAGCUCAUAGCUGGGGGAGGUAUCAGAAGAGAGUUUUCAGACUCUUGGGGUCUUGAGAGGGGCUGCAGGAAGCACCUAGGCCAUGGCCAUGACAUUCAUUGAGCACCUCCAUGUGCCCAGCUGGGUGAUCAGGAUGUCUGUGGUACUUACAUGGGCAGUCCCAGCUAUCACUGACCACCCCCACCACAGCAGAUGGCACCAGGAAUGGUCUAUUGACCAAAGCUGGGCCAAGUUUCCCCCAUAAAUUUUGAAUCAGGAUGCUGAAAGGUUGAGUAACGUCAAAUGCCACCACAUUUGGAGUUGGAGCCACCACGAGCCAGGGUGAUGUGCAAGCUGAAGUUUUAGGGCACAGGGAAGAGAAAGCCAGUUUGCAGUGACAAGUGAGAGGGAGAGCUACAGAGUGGGGAUGAGAGCAUGCAGCCCCUGAGUGGCAGAAGGAGGGGCGGCAGCUUUCCUGAUUCUACCCCAGAUAGCCAUGGAUUUUUCUGGGUAUCUGUUGUUUUCUCUUACCCAGCAUCAAUUUCCUCUCGUUUGCUGACGGCACCAUGAUUUUGUGUUGGUGAGCACCCACUACCCUCACCCCUAUGCUGUCAAUCUGUGUGAUUCUGGUGGGGAAGACUCACCUCUACCUGGCUCCAGAGGUGGGUACAUCACCUAGGACAUCACCCAGGGCUAGCCAAUGAGCAGAUUACAGCCCCCUACCCACAAGGGUUAGUUAAGAGACCAGGAUUUGACGCAUGCUGAUCCAAUGAGAGUCAGCCCUGAGACUUCCGCUUUUACUGGCAAACAGGUGUUUGUUUUUCUGCUCAAGUAGUCCAGUUGAUGAGA